AUGGGGCCGGCCAGGCAGGACAGCCAGCCCAGGGACCGGCAGGAACAGCUUAGGACUGUUGGAGAGCCCAGCAUCCCUGACGACAGGCUCACCGAUAUAUUCAUCAACAACGAAUGGCACGAGUCCAAGAGUGGAAAAAAGUUUGCCACGUACAACCCUUCAACUCUAGAACAAAUAUGCGAGGUAGAGGAAGGAGACAAGCCCGACGUGGACAAGGCCGUGGAGGCCGCCCAGGCCGCCUUCCGGAGGGGCUCCCCGUGGCGCAGGCUGGACGCCCUGAGCCGAGGCCGGCUGCUGCACCAGCUGGCAGACCUGGUGGAGAGGGACCGCGCCGUCCUGGCCACCCUGGAGACGAUGGACACGGGGAAGCCGUUCCUCCACGCCUUCUUCAUCGACCUGGAGGGCUGCAUCAGAACCCUCAGAUACUUCGCAGGCUGGGCCGACAAAAUCCAGGGCAGGACCAUCCCCACGGAUGACAACGUUGUGUGUUUCACCAGGCACGAGCCCAUAGGUGUGUGUGGGGCCAUCAUUCCCUGGAACUUCCCCCUGCUGAUGCUGCUGUGGAAGCUGGCGCCCGCCCUGUGCUGCGGCAACACCAUCGUCGUGAAGCCUGCGGAGCAGACGCCCCUCACCGCCCUCUAUCUCGGCUCUCUGGUCAAAGAGGCUGGGUUCCCUCCGGGCGUGGUGAACAUCGUGCCAGGAUUCGGGCCCACCGUGGGCGCAGCAAUCUCUUCCCACCCUCAGAUCGGCAAGAUCGCCUUCACCGGGUCCACAGAGGUUGGAAAGCUGGUUAAAGAAGCCGCUUCUCGGAGCAACCUGAAGAGGGUGACGCUGGAGCUCGGGGGGAAGAACCCCUGUAUUGUGUGCGCCGACGCUGACCUGGACUUGGCAGUGGAGUGCGCCCAUCAGGGAGUGUUUUUCAACCAAGGCCAGUGCUGCACGGCCGCCUCCAGGGUGUUCGUGGAAGAGCAAGUCUACGCCGAGUUUGUCAGGAGGAGCGUGGAGUACGCCAAGAAGCGGCCCGUCGGGGACCCCUUCGACGCCAGGACGGAGCAGGGGCCCCAGAUUGACCAAAACCAGUUCGACAAAAUCCUCGCUCUGAUCGAGAGCGGGAGGAAGGAAGGAGCCAAGCUGGAGUGUGGGGGCUCGGCCAUGGAAGACAGGGGGCUCUUCAUCAAGCCCACCGUCUUCUCGGAAGUCACCGACACCAUGCGGAUUGCCAAAGAGGAGAUUUUUGGGCCGGUGCAGCCGAUCCUGAAGUUCAAAACUAUCGAAGAAGUGAUCGAGAGGGCCAACAGCCUGGAAUAUGGGCUCACAGCGGCCGUGUUCACGAAAAACCUGGACAAAGCCCUGAAGGUCGCCUCCGCCUUGGAGUCGGGCACUGUCUGGAUCAACUGCUACAAUGCCAUCUACGCACAGGCGCCGUUUGGUGGCUUUAAAAUGUCGGGAAAUGGCAGAGAACUGUAA